GGUGCCUCAAAAGCAGCAUUCACAGAGAGAGAGAGAAGAAAAACAAAGAAGAGAAAUUUAUUGUAUCCUGUGAUCUCUCGAAUGGGUAGAGAAGAAAAGAAAAUGGAGAUUGAUCUUUCCCUGCAAAUAGACACUGAAGACAUAGAAGAAGAAGAGGAGGAAGAAGAAGAAGAAGUUCAAGAAGUUGAAGAAAAUGGAGAAGAAGAUGAGGAAGAUUUGCAAGAAAUAAAUGAAAAUGAAGCAACAGCAACAACAGCGACAACAGGAGGAGAAGUAGUAGAUGAUUCUUCUGUAGAAUUAUCCUUGCAAGAUAACAACAAAACAGAAGAGUUAUCUGCUUUACAAAUGGAGAUGAAUAGAAUGAAAGAAGAGAACAAAGUCUUGAGAAGAGUUGUAGAAAAAACCAUGAAAGAUUACCAUGAUCUUCAAAUGAAAUUUGCAGUUAUCCAACAAAAUACCCACAAGGAUCCACAUAUCUUUCUCCCACUUAAUGGUGAUGACAAGAGAGCUGUUCAAGAACCAAUAGGAUCAGUUCCAAAAUUUUUGGAUUCUAACAAUCAAAGAAGUUUAGAACCUUUUCUACCAAAGGAUAAUGAUAGGAUUAUUGAAGAAAAAGAAUUAAGCCUGUCAUUAAGGCUGCAAACUGAUUACUCAGAUCAUCAUCAUCAUCAGCAAGAAAGAGAGGAAGAUCGUAAAGAAGAGAAUAAGGAAGAAAAUGGAAACUGUUCAUGGGUGCCAAGUGAUAAUAAUAAGCUUCAAAAAACUGAUCAUCACUUGGCUGGAAUCACUACUCAUGCUCCUACUCCACCCAACAGAAAAGCUAGGGUUUCAGUCAGAGCUAGAUGCCAAACAGCAACAAUGAAUGAUGGUUGCCAAUGGAGAAAAUAUGGACAGAAAAUUGCCAAAGGUAAUCCUUGCCCCCGAGCUUACUACCGUUGCACAGUAGCUCCAGGAUGUCCAGUCAGAAAACAGGUGCAAAGAUGCCUAGAAGACAUGUCAAUCCUUAUAACAACAUAUGAAGGAACCCAUAAUCACCCGCUACCUGUGGGAGCAACAGCCAUGGCGUCAACUGCUUCAGCAGCCGCUUCCUUCAUGUUAUUGGAUUCAAGCAACCCUCUAUCUAAUGGGUUUCAUAAUUUCACCCAAUCAUCAUCACUUCCAUAUCAAGGUGGCAGCAUGGGCCCUCACAUGUUUUAUCCUCAUUCAUCGCCUUUCAGAAGCAUAAACCCUAAUGAUCCUUCUAAAGGAAUUGUUCUUGAUCUCACAAACGACACUCCAGAAAGAUUCUCAUUACCCAUCUCAUCUUCAUCAUCAUCACCAGCGUUGCCCUUAUUUUCUUGGAUGCAAAACAAGUCGUCGUCAUCAUCGAGUCACCAAAAUAAUGGGAGUAAUAAUGAAAAUGUUACAACUAUUGCAUCUGAUCCAAAUUUUAGGGUUGCUGUUGCUGCUGCUAUCACAUCUCUUAUCAAUAAAGAAAAGGGUACCCAUCAUGCUAUGGAGUCUCCUUCGGUUCCUAAUAAGGAGGGAGAAGGUGGUAGUUCAAGUAGCAGGAAUUGGGUUCUUGAAUCUCUCUCUGCUGCAGCUGGUAAGCCAAUCAGAAAUUCAUCACCUUUAGAAAAUUUGUAAAAGAUCAAUAAUUUAUUCAAAAACUCAAUUAGGGUAUACACAGAUUCUGUAAUAUUAGCCUUGUUUAGGUUUUGUUAUAAUGUUCUUCCCAAUAAAACUCAUACUGGAUUGUUCAACGUUCUUUUUCUUAUUAUCAAGAUUUUUUUUUUCUGUAUUUACUUGAAUUUAAUAUGAUUCAAGGAAGUUGACAACUACCCUUCU